CACAUUUAUAGUCCAUCGGGGUUAGCGCCCGACCAAUCCUCAACAAAGAAUUGCGUGCGUUUUGUGAAGUCAAAAGUUGUGAGUCUACUUCUCGCCGAAACCUUUCUCCGUUGGUACAUGUCAAAAUCAGUCGCUACAAUGUUUGGGCGUUUUUAUACUCUGCGUCAAACCCAUUAAACUACUGUUCUUCCGUCUCAUUUUCUCAGCUUUUUAAAUCAAAGAAUUCAACUCUCUACUUCCUCGUAUUCGGACUUGGAAGUGUUUGGAUUCUUUCGCCACCAAGCUGUGUGUCCGCUCGCCAGAGUUUGUGAUAAACCGCUUUUGGUUUGAGUUGACAAAGCUGCUAAUUACGGGCUUCCUUGAAUUUUGUGCUGGAUUCUCUUACAGCUCAUCUUUCCUGUGGUCAAAUCUGUGUAUUUAUUGCUGUUCCUUCACACUCGCUCUUUCCUUCUGAAUGAUACUCUUGCAUAUAAGAACAUCAAUCCCAUUUGUUUUUCCUGUUAUAAUUCUCUUCAGUUUUUCAUUUUUCCUUUGAACUGUUCUUUAUUGUUUGGAGGUAGGAAUCUAUCAUGACUGAUGUCAAUGAUGAAUCUGGGGCUCCGGCGAGGACUGAGGGGAAGUACACAGCUCUGGCAGUGUGCUGGGUUCUCGGUUUGGGUUCGCUUGUUUGUUGGAACAGUAUGCUAACCAUAUCAGAUUACUAUUAUCAAUUGUUUCCGCAUUAUCAUCCUUCAAGAGUACUCACCCUCGUGUAUCAACCAUUUGCUGUUGGAACAAUUGCAAUCCUUGCAUAUUAUGAAGCAAAAAUUGAUACCCGAUGGAGGAACAUACGUGGAUACUCUCUCUUUUUCAUAAGUAGUGUGUUGCUUAUUGUUUUGGAUUUGGUCACAUCUGGAAAAGGAGGGGUUGGACCAUAUAUCGCUUUGUGCGCCAUUGUCGGUUCAUUCGGAGUUGCUGAUGCUUUCGUGCAAGGUGGUAUGGUUGGAGAUCUUGCUUUGAUGUGUCCCGAAUUCAUCCAGUCUUUUAUGGCUGGAUUGGCUGCCUCAGGAGCUCUAACCUCUGGGUUGAGGUUAAUCACAAAAGCUGCUUUUGAGGAUUUUCAUAACGGUCUUCGUAAAGGAACAAUUCUAUUCUUAGCGAUAUCUGCUGCUUUCGAGUUCCUUUGUGUUGUUCUCUAUGCUAUAGUCUUCCCUAAAGUUCCACUUGUGAAGUACUACCGUAAAAAGGCCGCUUCUGAAGGAUCCAAAACCGUGUCAUCUGACCUUGCUGCUGCAGGCAUCCAGAUUCAGUCAAACCAACAAGAAGACAAAACCGAGCUAUUGAGCAAAAAACAACUAUUUCAGAUGAACAUGGAUUAUCUUUUUGGCGUGUUUCUGAUAUACGUUCUCACAUUGUCUAUCUUUCCCGGCUUCUUGUAUGAAAACACUGGAAAACACCGACUAGGAUCAUGGUAUCCACUUGUUUUGAUAGCAAUGUACAAUGUGUGGGAUCUAAUAGGCAGAUACAUUCCGCUCAUAAACUGGCUGAAGUUGGAGUCGAGGAAGGGCCUCUUCAUCGCAAUUCUGUGCCGUUUUCUACUGAUCCCGGCGUUUUACUUCACAGCAAAAUAUGGUGACCAAGGGUGGAUGAUCUUUCUCACUUCCUUCUUGGGAUUAUCCAAUGGCCAUCUUACAGUCUGUGUUUUUACUGCAGCACCUAAAGGCUACAAGGCACCUGAGCAGAAUGCGUUGGGGAACUUGCUUGUACUGUUCCUAUUAGGCGGCAUUUUUACAGGAGUUUCCCUUGAUUGGCUGUGGAUCAUCGGAAAUGGUAGCUUUUGAAGCGUCAGUUCAAUAUCAUUUGAUGAACAAAGCGUGGAUAUCUGCUUAUGAAUACGCCUCUUGCAGUUGCACCAAGUUUAUUAGCUAAGCGGAAACCAGCCCAUCCGUUUUUAAGAUAUGGAUGAGAUAUGUUUUCU